GUGCGGUGGAGGAACUUUCUGGUAUGUGUGGCCCUGCCCUGCCGGGGUGCAGACAGUGCCCGGAACCCAGCCAGCAGCCAGUUGAAGACACUGUGUGUGGACACUCUGGGCCCUGAGGGCUCUUGCCUGGGGUGUCGGUCUUGCCAUGGCGUUCCGGAGGACCGAGGGCAUGUCCAUGAUCCAAGCCCUGGCCAUGACAGUGGCCGAGAUUCCUGUGUUCCUGUACACAACAUUUGGGCAGUCUGCAUUCUCCCAGCUGCGCUUGACGCCGGGCCUGCGGAAGGUCCUCUUUGCCACGGCUCUGGGGACCGUGGCCUUGGCUCUGGCUGCCCACCAGCUGAAGAGGCGCCGGCGGAAGAAGAAGCAGGUGGGCCCUGAGGUGGGGGGCCAGCAGCUGGGCACGGUGCCCCUGCCCGUCCUCAUGGCCCGCAAGGUCCCGUCAGUGAAGAAAGGCUACUCCAGCCGGAGGGUCCAGAGCCCCAGCAGCAAGAGCAACGAUACACUGAGCGGCAUUUCCUCCAUCGAGCCCAGCAAGCACUCAGGCUCCUCCCACAGCUUGGCCUCGAUGGUGGUGGUGAACUCCUCCAGUCCUACAGCUGCGUGCUCGGGACCGUGGGAAGCCCGAGCGAUGGAAGAGUCUGUGCCCGCCACGGAUGGCAGUGCCGAGAGCCUCUAUGUGCAAGGCAUGGAGCUGUUCGAGGAGGCCCUGCAGAAGUGGGAGCAGGCACUGAGUGUGGGCCAGAGGGGGGAUGGCGGCAGCACCCCCACCCCAGGGGACAACCUCCGGAACCUGGAGAUCGAGGCUGAGGCACUGUCGGAGCCAGAAUCUCAGCGCAGGGAGUUUGCAGAAAAGCUGGAGUCCCUGCUACACCGAGCCUACCAUCUGCAGGAAGAGUUCGGCUCCACCUUCCCCUCUGACAGCAUGCUGCUGGACCUUGAGAGGACCCUCAUGCUGCCCCUGACGGAGGGCUCACUGCGCCUGCGGGCUGACGACGAGGACAGUCUGGCCUCCGAGGACUCCUUCUUCUCCGCCACCGAGCUCUUUGAGUCCCUGCAGGUUGGGGAUUUUCCCAUCCCCCUCUCCAGGCCCGCCGCCGCCUAUGAGGAGGCCCUGCAGCUGGUGAAGGAGGGGCAGGUGGCCUGCCGGACCCUCAGGACAGAGCUGCUGGGCUGCUACAGCGACCAGGACUUCCUGGCCAAGCUGCACUGUGUUCGGCAGGCCUUUGAGGGGCUUCUGGAGGACAAGAGCAACCAGCUGUUCUUUGGGGAGGUCGGCCGGCAGAUGGUGGCUGGCUUGAUGACCAGAGCUGAAAAGAGCCCCAAAGGCUUUCUGGAGAGCUAUGAGGAGAUGCUGAGCUAUGCACUGCGGCCUGAGACCUGGACCACCACCCGGCUAGAGCUGGAAGGCCGUGGGGUGGUGUGCAUGAGCUUCUUCGACAUUGUGCUCGACUUCAUCCUCAUGGACGCCUUCGAGGACCUGGAGAACCCCCCGUCCUCCGUGCUCGCCGUCCUGAGGAACCGCUGGCUGUCAGACAGCUUCAAGGAGACGGCCCUGGCUACUGCGUGCUGGUCGGUCCUGAAAGCCAAGAGGAGGCUCCUAAUGGUGCCCGACGGCUUCAUCUCCCAUUUCUACUCCGUAUCGGAGCACGUCAGCCCUGUCCUGGCCUUCGGCUUCCUUGGCCCCAAGCCCCAGCUGGCCGAAGUCUGUGCUUUCUUCAAGCACCAGAUCGUGCACUACCUGAGGGACAUGUUCGACCUGGACAACGUGCGGUACACCUCGGUACCCGCGCUGGCAGAAGACAUUCUGCAGCUGUCGCGGCGCCGCAGUGACAUCCUACUGGGCUACCUGGGGAUGCCAGCGGCCAGCAGUGUCGGCCUCAAUGGGGCACUGCCCCGGGAAAAUGGGCCCCUGGAGGAGCUGCAGUAGUGGCAGGCACAGGGAGAGGGCAGCCUGCUGCCUGGCCUCGUUCACGCCGGGGUAGCAGUGAGAAGGUUCCCCCUUCCUUGGAGUUGGUGUCCAAGGGCUGCGGGGCCCAGGGCUAAGCCAUGCCGGUCCCCACCUCAUCUGGGAACCCGAAGGCCCAGAGGGCGAACAUCCAUGGAGAGUUGCUGAGCCCCUAUGGGUGCACUCGCUGCCCCUGAGGUUCCCCGGGGGAGCUGGAGCUGCCCGGGCCUGGCCGAGAGAAAAGCAGGAAAGUGGUGUGGAGAACUGAGACAGGAGGAGCUAGGGUGCUCUGGUGAGGGACCCCACAAUCUCUGACACCUCUCCCUCUCCCAAGGCUGCAGGCAAGGGAGCUGGGGGGGAGGAGACAAAGGGGGGGCACAGGCAGGCCCCGUGGGACGGGGGCACCUUGUGGCCGUAGGCCUGGGCUGUCAGAGGUACGACAGGCAGGGACCAGCUCUUUACAAAUGGAAGCACCAAACCAGGGCACUGUCUCCCCACAUCAUCACGCCCUUCCAAAGACCAUCAUUGCUCCCCCAUCUCUGCCACCACCAAAGACGGGUGGAGCUGGGUGCCCCAUGCCUUCCCUGUGUCUGGAACAACUCCCUGGUGGUGCUAGGCAUGGAGCUGGGGACUCUGGCCUGGGGGUCACCCAGGCCCCUGUCACCUGUGCUGCCAUUGGCGGCCAGGGAGCUGGGGAGGGCAGAGGAUGCACCCAGCCCAGCGCUGCCCCCCCUUCCCCCUACACACACACAGCAAGAACUGUGCCAGCACUUGGCCUUCAACACUACGCACACACGCUCUGGAGCCAUUGGGAGUGUGAGGCCUGCGCUGGCCCUGCGGAUCUCCCUGUUAGCCCUUGUCCCAGUUGCCGCAGGGGUCCCGGCAGCCCUGCAUUCCCCCAUCUCGGCCUGAGAUGGGGUUUUCCAUACUGCCUUAACACCAUCUGGAGGAGCUGAUCCUUCCAGAAGACUCCAGUUGUUUCUGUCCAGGGUCUAGCACUGGCUCCUGGCACAGGGUCCCCUCCCAGGAAUGGAGAGGGCCGUCGAGGGCAGGAAGGCCCACUCAGGAGAGGG